AUGUUGAUUUGGAGUCAGAUAAUUAACACAGAUAAUUAGUAGAUAAUAUUAUACGUUUUACUGAGUACUUUGUUUUAAAAAGCUGAUUUUAAAGUAUAAUUUGUGCAAGGGGGGCGUGGCAACGUGUGCUGCUAUAAAGGACUGAAUCGUAAACAGGACUAACAUGGCAGCUUCCCUGCUCAGAAUUGGUCGACUCGGAUGUCUAAAGGCUGUGCAGACGGAGAGUUUAAGCGCAUUACGAAGAGCCCCAGCAGUGACCAUCAAGUCAAAAUCUGGGGAAGGCAAGAAGUCUAAAAAGUCAAACAAAGUACCAGAAAAGUCCACAUCACAAACAUACUUUGAUAUAGAAAAGCUCGUCCAGCACAAAUCCGUUCCUGAAGUCCCCAAGAAGGAGGCUGUAAUACCGGCUGCUGCCGCUGCCACUGCGACCAUUAAGGCAGCAACAACUGCCACCCCCAGUGCUGAGCAGCCUGUAGAUGCUCCUGCACCUAAAAAAGCUGACGCCAAGACUGCCACGGCCUCUGAGAAUGAACCUGUACCAGCUUUAGAAGUCUCGACACCUUCUACAAGCCUUACUGAAGCCGCUCCAGCUGCCGAAUCAAUAAUCAAUACAACUGUUCCACAAGCGGAGGGUGCAGCUCCCCCAGCUGAAGCUUUAUCAAGAGUCGAAACCACGCCCGUUGUUGAAGCUGCACCAGCAGUAGCUCCGCUGGUUACAGAUACUGCACCUGUUGGAGAGGUUCCUAAACCUGCUGCCCCUGAAGCCGCUCCUCCAGCCGUUGAAGCAGCCCACGCAGAACCUACCCCAGAGCGAACAGCUGAAGCCACCCCAGACGUUGCCCCUACAAAGGCUUCAGAUGAAACAACAUCCACAGAGGUCGGCCAGCGAGUAACGGCUGGAGAAACCCACGCAGAAGAUAAAACAGAAGUCGCCCCGGAGGUUCCACCUGUAGCAGAGCUUUCAGCUGAUGAUCUGGUGGCAGAAGCUGUUGAAGCAGUUGUAGAAGCUGCUGCUGAAGUCGUAGCUGAAGUCGUAGCUGAAGUGGUAGCAGACACGAUUCCUGUUAAGGCUGUCGUAGAAGCAGUGGAGACCAUCGCUGAAGCGGUAGCAGAGGUUGUUGCCGAGGCAGCUCCAGUCGAAGCUGCUACUGAGAUGCUGAGGAAAGCAGAAGAGCUGGUGGACACCGGUUCUUCCAUCACAGACGCCGCUGAACCUCCUGUUGAAGUUGUGGAAGCAUCUGAGGCUGGUUUGGACCCCAUUCAGAAACUCUUCCUGGAUGCGAUCCGAGUGUACACCUCACAGAGCAGGUUUACUGGUGGCCUGGUUGAUGCAGGUCCUGAAUACCACAAGGCCCUGGCUGAAGAAACUGCCAAACUACAGAGGUUAUAUGGUGGCGGUGACAUGACGUCAUUCCCAGAGUUCAAAUUUCCAGAGCCAAAACUGGAGUAAACGUCGACCAAUUUAACAGCAUCUACAGCAUAUUCUCAACACUGCCCCAUCAUGUACCCAAGCCUACGACAAUAAUGGAGUCUUCUUCCUGUGUCGCCUUUUUUACCCUUAAUUUUUUUUAAACUGUAAAGCCUGGAGAACUAUUCAAUGUUUAUUAAAGAUUUCUGUUUCUGUUUGCA